AUGGCCAGCGCUCCAUCCUCUGAGCUCAUUCCAACCCCCAAUCCCUCAAACUUGACCUUCACAGUUGCCACGGUUGCCGUGGCCCUCACUGUCUUUCUUCCUGCCGCACAAGGGAAAACUCCAACCGGUAAACCUGCAAAGGCCAAGCUCAAGACCGACACGAAGAACAAACAAUUCAGCUACGAUUUUGAUAACACCAAAGACAAUUACAUUUCAUUUUUGAACCAGAUUCUUGCUGCUCAUGGACUUGCUACAAAAUACGGGCCAGUAACGUCGUCUUCUCGGUUUCCAAUCAAGAUUCUCACCCCACCAGCCCGCGCCAAAGCUGAUGCUGUUGAUGUGGAACGGCACAGCGAAUACAAAGAUUUGAUUGAUAAUGCGCGCGAGAAGAAGGUGAACAAGCUCACAGUCCUAGUCCACAUCAACGCUAUCAAGGAUGCGUCGAAGAAGCGUAAGGCGGGUGGGUCAGGUUCUGAGAGUGAUAGCGGUUCAGAUGGACAGGAGAUUGAUGAAGGCAGUGGUGAGGAUGAAAAGGGCUAUACUGCGAUGGACCGGGAACUAGGUCGCCUUCGUGGCCUCUUGGAGAAGAAAUAUCAAAACCCAAACGAUUCGGGCUACACCUACAUAACCAAUGACGGAGAGCGCCUACCGCUCACACCAAUCAUGCUAGCCCAAUGGUGCAGAGCGCUGUACGACAACACGGCGACCCUUUCUGACCCUCCCAACUGCCAGGCCUUCGAUAUGGCCAAUCGUGGCCGGCUUCUACCUGGACGAAGCCCAACCAGCAACAGUUCUAGCUCCUCGACUAAUUCUCCUUCCGACAGCCUUGGCCACGUCGCCUCUAUCUUCUCGACCCUCACAACCCUUCUUGGUGCAAAGAAUCUCCCAUCCCCAAUCCUCCGACCCCCUACCCCUAGCCCAGCCUCUCCAGCACAAAAUACACCUACCAAGCUAACACGCUUUCUUCACCACGCCCAAGAUAACUUAGGAAUUCCCAACGCGCUCGAAUGCGAGGGCCAGCUUUCUCAUUGUCGGUAUGGCCCCGAUAUUAUCCCCUACGUGUCCGACACUGCUAUCGCGAAGUGUGGUUUUACUGAGGGCGACGUCAUUCGUCUCAAGCGUGGUGCAGAGGCUUGGUGGGCAAGCCCAGAGGCCAAACGUAAGCGUGCGCGGAUAGCAUCGCCCUCACGCGAUAUCACACACGCCAUUCGUUUCGAGAAGCGGUUUGUUGAAGGAGGGUCUGCAUCGUACUUUGGUUCAGGCAUGGAAAUGGGUUACAAUGGCCGUAGUGAUGAGUAUGAGUGGUGGUACUAUUGUGACAAGGUGAAGGAGCUUGUCAAGGUCCCCGCAGGGCAGGUCCCAGUCUUGGCAGCUGAAUACUCAGAUGCUCGUGAGGGAGAGGACGAUUUCUGA